GUGCGCCGCCAAGAUGGAUGACUCAGCCUCCAAACUUUCCUGAGCCAGCCGCGCAUCUCGAAAUUCAUCGCGCUCGGCCUCACCAUCAGAGCGGACGGUCAGCCCACUCCACAUUGCCCAUUGACAGCACGUCGCGCCCGCAGAGAUUCUGUCCCUGAUCACCUGAGAGUGGUCGACAGGUAGCCGCCAUGUCACAGAACCUGGGCUUGACCCGCCUCGCCUACUCGCGAGUAUGGCAUCACAUCUCGGCAAUCGCUCCCCACCCGACGCUGUCGACCAAGGUCGCCCCCGCUGAGAUCACGCCCCCGUCCAUGGGCCGCCUCGCCUCCCGCAUCGCCAUGAUCCUCAUGGGCAAGCACAAGCCGAUCUGGGACCCCUCGACCGACUGCGGCGAUUACGUCGUCGUCACCAACUGCGCCCGCCUCCACAUUACGGGCCGCAAGUACUGGCAGAAGAAGUACUACAGGCACAGCACGAAGCCCGGCCAGCUCAAGUCGUUGACAAUGGACGAGCUCAUGGGGAAGCAGGGCGGCAGCGAGGUCUUGAGGCGGGCGGUGAGCGGCAUGCUGCCCAAGAACAGGUUGCGGGACAAGCGGCUCGCACGACUCAAGGUCUUUGAGGGCGACGCGCACCCGUACAAGCCCAAUCUGGUCCGGUUCGGAGGCAAGGUCGUUGGGACACAGGGAUGGGACGCCAUGGUUGAGUCGAUACGCGAGACGGACAAGAAGAGGUUAUAAUAAGGCCUCGGAGACUGACGUGGGUGGUUGGAUAUGUAUCAUUUGUAUUAUACGUGCGAAGAGGGCGGCAUCGUACCGCGGACAUGGCAUGGCUUGAUUCUGGGUUUCAACGGUAGC